CUGUUUUUGUGUCUUCUCCGAGCAAUGCUUCCUAAUGGCGAUCUUCAGGUCGCUGAGAACUCUAGCUCGAAACCCUAAUUCCAGAGGUUUUCUCUCACUUUCUCUCUCUUCCUCAACUCCACUCCCAUCCCCUUCACAUAUUCUGUCUCAUCAUCUCCAAAACCCCUUACUCUACCGCUCUAGAUUUCUCUCUCCUCUCUCCAAUGGACCACUCUUCCUCUCUUCUCCACCUUGGAAGCUCUCUCAGUCCGCCACUCCUCUCUACAUGCAAUCCGACGUUGUUUCUCUCCCAAAUGUUGAACAUUUGAAUUUGCUUCGAAGACGAAAAUUUCCGAUCAAUUUAGGGUUUCAGUCGGUUGUUUCUACUCGUGGUCUACUUAAGGAGACUAACAGGAAGGAGUUCAUCCAUCAAGAGGAAAAUAUUACUCGUGGUGGAUUGACAGAUAGUUUCGUGAAUUUGCCGAAUUUGAUUUCGAUGAGUCGAUUGCUUUCGGGGCCAUUGCUUGGUUGGAUGAUUACACAGGAAAUGUAUCUUCCUGCAUUUGUUGGACUGGCCAUCUCUGGGGCAACAGACUGGCUAGAUGGAUACGUGGCCAGGAAGAUGGGAAUAAAUUCUGUAGUUGGUUCUUACCUUGAUCCUCUUGCUGACAAGGUUUUAAUUGGGUGUAUUGCUUUAGCAAUGGUAGAUAGGGGUCUUCUGCAUCCUGGACUUGUUGGACUAGUUGUGCUGCGUGAUGUUGCCCUCAUUGGUGGUGCAAUAUAUAAAAGAGCUAGUAGCUUGGAGUGGGAGUGGAAAAGUUGGUAUGAUUUCUUCAAUCUUGAUGGGACAUCUCCCCAGAAAGUUGAGCCUCUCUUACUGAGCAAGGUGAAUACGGUUUUCCAGUUGGUCCUAGUUGCUGCAGCUCUUCUUCAACCGGAGUUUGGCACUGAGGAAACGCAGUCAUACAUUACAUAUUUGAGGUGAUACCAGUUAUAAUUGUCUGUAUUCAACUUUGUAUUGACAAAUCUCCAGAAUCGGAGCCCACCAUACAUUUUGAAUUAUUGCAGUUGGCUGGUGGCUUCAACAACGGUGGCUUCCACUGCAGCAUAUGGAGCACAACAGUUUAGAAAUGGAUCUAUCUUGAUGAGAAAGAACGUAUAGACUGAUUUCACAUCACAGACUGUUUAAACACUUUUUUGGUCUAUUGCCAGGUGGGUGCCAUUUUCAAGGCUUUAAAAUUAGAGAAGUAUUAGGUUUGUUUUUUGGAUCUUAUGCCACUAAGGAAAAGAAACAAUUCGCUUCUAAAAUGUCAUAUGAUAUCUUACAAAUUUUGCGGAAUAUAGAUGAGUUCAUCUGCAGAAGUUGAAAUUUGGCUCAAUAUGAGAUGAUAAAUGGGCGGCAGAUGUUACUUCCAAUUGAGCUGUAAAGUAGAAUUCUCUUUCUUUUACUGUCUUUUUUUUUUUAAAAAAAAACAUGCUAUUGUAUAGCACUAGUCAGGAUGAAAAUUGAAUAUAAUAGAAAUCAAUUACUUGUAUAAUUUGUGAUGUUUAUG